AUGAACAUCAGUCACGGAGCAGCUGUAGCAUCUCUCAGUGAUAAGUCUGAGUUCCCAUCUUUCUCUCGAACUGUCUCAAACUUCAACUCCCAUGCCCUUGGAUUAACAAGGUUAGCAAUGUACUUUGGCUGGACAUGGCUAGGGAUCAUCAGUUCUGAUGAUGACUAUGGCCAAUUGGGAAGCAGGAGUCUAAGAAACAGCCUAAUUACUGCUGGAGGUUGUCUUGAUUUCCAGGAAACAGUGCCACGGACUAAUGCCAGAACUAAACUAAUGCAAAUAAUAGAAACCAUUAAAAGAUCAACUGCAAAAGUAAUUGUUGUUUAUGUUAGCAAAAAGAACAUAGUUCCAAUUAUGGAAGAAAUAUCAGCACAUGAUAUUAUGGACAGAGUCUGGAUAAUAAGUGACACAUGCACAGUAUCUCAGGAGGCCUUUAAUAAAAAGAUGCUAGAAACAAUAAAUGGUACAAUUGGUCUGGCACAUCAUACAAUGGAAAUGGUAGGUUUCCAAGACUCUGUUUACAGGAUCCAUCCUUUAACCCAGCAAGAUGAUAUUUUUAUUAAACCAUUCUGGGAAAAAGCAUUUAGCUGUACCUGGGCAAACAGUAGUAUGAAAAACAGCACAUUAAUAGCAAAUGGAAGGACAAGUUUCUGCACAGGUGAAGAAAAAGUACAGGACCUGGAUGUAUCAUUAUUCAAUAUUUAUACAUCUGUGCUAGCAAGUCGUGCCUAUAAUGCAUUGUAUUCGGUGGCACAUGCACUACAUGACAUGCUAACAUGCCAGAAUCAAAGGGGGCCUUUUCUUAAUGGAUCAUGUGUAGACAUCCUUAGCUUUGAACCAUGGCAGCUCCUUCAUUAUGUGCGGAAUGUGCAUUUCAAAACACAUGCUGGUGAAGAAGUAUUCUUUGAUAGUAAUGGCGAUCCACCUGUUGAGUAUGACAUCCUGAAUCAGCAAAUAUCAGAUGUUGGUGCACUGAGCUGUGUGAAGGUUGGCAGCUUCAGAACAGCAGCUCCAAAAGGGAAGGAAAUCAUGAUUAAUGAUACUGGUAUCAGAUGGAAUGGUGCUAUUAAUGGGAGCACAGCACUUUUGCGUGGUGCUGCACUACGUUUAAACUUCGGAGAUCGAGGUUCAGUGAACCAGAAUUUGCGAAAAUGCAAUCUUGCUAUUUGUAUCAAGUGCUCUGAAUCUCAGUGGGCCAGUGAUAAAAGAGACAGAUGUAUCCCUCGGCUUCCUGAAUAUCUCUCCUUUGAGGACACUCUGGGUGUAACAUUUUCUGCCAUAUCCACUGUCUGUACCUUAAUUACUGCUACCAUACUGUGUGUUUUUCUUAAAUACAGGGAGACUCCAUUAGUUAGGGCUAAUAAUCGAGAAUUAAGCUAUCUUCUUCUACUCUCCCUCAUGUUAUGCUUCCUCUGUUCCUUCAUAUUUAUUGGUCAACCUAUGGGAGUAAGUUGUAGGAGUCGACAAAUUAUUUUCAUUACUGUUUUUUCCUUUUGCAUUUCUUGUGUUCUGGCAAAAACCAUCACUGUGGUGAUUGCCUUUAGUGCUACUCAGCCAGAGAGUAGGUUGAGACAGUGGGUGGGGUCACGAAUCCCUACUUUUUUCAUUCUUGUUGUUUCACAAGUUCAUAUCCUGAUAGAUAUUUCCUGGCUGGGGACUGCACCUCCUUUUGUACAACAUAAUAUAAAAUUUGCAAAAGAUAAGAUAAUAAUUGAAUGUAAUGAAGGCUCUAUUGCCAUGUUCUAUUGCAUGCUGGGAUACCUGGGCCUUCUAGCAAGUGUAAGCUUCAUAGUUGCAUUUCUUGCAAGAAAAUUACCUGAUAACUUUAAUGAGGCCAAGUACAUUACUUUUAGCAUGUUAGCUUUCACAAGUGUUUGGGUAUCCUUUAUUCCAGCAUACGUAAGUGCAAAUGGAAAAUAUGUUGCAGCGGUGGAAAUUUUUGCCAUCUUGUGUUCCAGUGCAGCAUUACUCAUUUGUAUAUUUAUCCCAAAGUGCUACAUUAUUCUUUUAAGGCCAAAGAUGAAUACAAAAGAUUACUUAAUGGGGAAGAAAAAUGUUCAUAAUUGUUAA